GCAGAACGCCGACAUCGCCCCUGGAUGCGGGACGGGCUGACUGGGUCGGCAGCGACGCGCCAGGGACCAGGCUUGAAGACGCCAUCGUGGGCAGAGCCACCCUUUGAGGAGUGACUCUGUGGCAAGUUGGCUUUUAAUUCAUUCUGUAUUUUAUUUAGCCUUGCAACCAGAGACAUGGAGGAAGACGGGACCCGGGUGGACGCAUCCAAGGCCGCUCGUAAAAAUGCCAAGGUGCGAGACAUGAGCCAGCUGGCCAACACCGAACUGGGUGAAACGCUUUAUGGCAAUCGCCGGGUGUGCGAGCUGGACGUGGAUGAGCGUGUCAACGUCUACUGCAAGGACACGGGGGUCAAGCAACAUGGCAACAAAGCACCGCUCGCGCGCAAUCUCCGUAAUUGGUUGAGUGGGCACCCAACCUUUGUUGUUGGGUCGCCCUGCUCUUCUCGGCGGUCGAGGGCCAAAAAGCGCAACGGUGAUGCAACACCGGCCGCCAAGCGCUCCAAGCUGGAUUCCGACAUUACCGUUCAUGCUGGAAAGGAUGGCAAGGCUGGCAAAGCUAAUAAACCACCAAUCAAGACGGGUCGGCGAGGACGACCGCCCAAAUGGAUGACCGCCCCAACCCCCGUCCUGGGUGCUGUUGGAAACAACAAGGCUAAUCGCGCCAAGGUCAAGGUGGAGCCUGUAGUGGUGCUCAACCGACAUGGUCACACGAUCAAGAUUCCCGAGGAACUUCGCCCUCAUGUUCAGGACCUCAAUCUGAUCUCCAGCGAUGAGCAGUUUGUCGAGCAGGUGGAGCUCAUGACGAGGUUCUUUCUCAAGGGCUCGCGUGAGCUGGCCAAUGCCAAUUUUCGCGACGCCACUGUUGCCUUUGACAAAGCCUCCCUGGCCUGCCAACGCCUACGCACGCAGUUGGAUGACUGACACGCAGACCCGAAGAGUUGUGGCGCCCAUGCAACCCGCAUCUCUCCCCUCCCGUCCUUUGCGACAGACGCCGAGCAAAGGACGCAUCUUGUUGAGCAUCGUUUAUGACGUGUGUUUGUGUUUUUGCCUCUCCCAUUCCUCUGUCUCUGGGUGCUUUGAUGUGCGGCCUGCGGUCGCGAGGUUUAGACCCCCUAUUUGUACAAUUGCCAUGAUUUUGGCUUG